UGGUUCCCCCAUUUAGGGCCACUCUUUGGCUGUCCGGAUGUCUGUGCUGCUAGCAGACUUGCAAGUGCUGCCGUCCCCACCGGGCAACGCCAAGCACAAGUGGAAGCACGUGGACGCAGCGAUCAAAGUCAUCGCGGCCUCGAAGCUAAAGCACUCGGUGAAUGCGCUGGGCACCACCAUCGAGGGCCCCGCUAGUAAGGUGUGGAGCGUGUGCAGGCGAGCCUUCGAUGCGGCUUUGGCCUCCGGCGCCAAGUCGGAGCUGAUGUAUAUCAAAGUCUACCGAGGGGCCAGCACCAAAGACCAGCUGGAGAAGAGUGGCCGUAAGGCUGCGGCCAGCAAGGUGGCGAAGCCCAUGAAGGCCAUGAAGAUGAAGAAGGCGAAGCGGAAAUCUCGCUGAGCGGUUGCAACUUGGACUGAGUGCAACGCCGCUUUGGUGUUUGUCUGCCUCCGUCCUACUGGGUUAUACCUAGGGCAAGCAAUGACGUG